AAAUCAUUUCAGAAACUUUCAGCAAGUCUGGCUCGUCAGUUGAAACGAUACCAUUGCGAAUGGAAAAGUUUGCUGCGUGGUAGCAUUCAAUUCGAAGUUUGCGUUCAUAUUUCAGAUGGUCAUAUUUUUAUCGGUGUUCCACUUACAAGAGUUCCAUUAUCGUCAAGACCGUACUUGCUGAGGAAUGCACUCCGAUCUACAGUUUGUGAUGCGAUGCUAUCAUUGGCGAACAUCCAACCGGGCAUGUUUGUUGUCGAUUUCACGUGUGGUUCGUCGUCAAUUCUCGUGCAAGCAGCACACGAUCUUGCUGGAAAGUGUUUCUUGUUGGGAUGUGAUAUUCGUGAAGAAUCAUUACGUAUGUCAGCAGAAAACAGAGGUCAUUUGCGGUCAUAUGAUGCAAAGAAUUAUACUAUCGAACUGUUAGCGGCAGACGUAAAGUGUGAUUAUCUUCGUCUUGAAUGCAUCGAUCGCAUUGUAUGUGAUUUACCGUUUGGACAAAACUAUGGUAAUGAGGAAGAUUCGUUGGAGAUUUUGAAAAGUGUCAUCAAUAUAUUGUCAAGGUGUUCAGCGGCAUGUGAAGCUGUUCUGUUGGUUGCGGCCAGUCAGCAACCUAUUGUAGGAUCAAUUUUGCCGAGCAAUGUACUUCUUGAAAGUGUUUAUCCGAUAUCGUUGGGUAAUACUCAAGGCACCCUAAUCAAACUGACACAUAGAUGCGAACAAAAUAUUGCAACAAACAACUCGAGCAGUAUGGUUAACGUAUGA